CCCCGCGCGGCCCGCCCGGGUGCCGCGCGCUGCGCGCUCCGGCCUCGGCUGCUCGGGCCUGGCCCCGCCCCACGGAGCGCGCUUCCAGGACCUGGAUGACUCUGAGCGGGUGGGCGGGGCGCUCAGCGCGCGGCCUGUCUGCUGUGGGGUCGCCGGAUGCGCAUGUAGACCCUCCCCACCCCCGCAGCCUGGGGAUUUUUCCAGCCUCGCCACCAUGAACGGGGUCGUGAUCCCCCAUACGCCCAUCGCCGUGGACUUUUGGAGUCUGCGCCGGGCAGGUUCGGCGCGGCUCUUCUUCUUGACCCAUAUGCACUCGGACCACACCGUGGGUCUGUCCAGCACCUGGACCCGGCCCCUCUACUGCUCCCCCAUCACUGCCCACCUCUUGAACCGGCACCUAAAGGUAUCCAAGCAGUGGAUCCACGCCCUGGAGGUUGGUGAGAGUCAUGUGCUACCUUUAGAUGAAUUUGGACGAGAGACCAUGACCGUCACCCUCAUGGAUGCCAAUCACUGCCCGGGCUCUGUCAUGUUUCUCUUUGAAGGCUACUUUGGGACCAUCCUCUAUACAGGUGAUUUUCGAUACACACCAUCCAUGCUCAAGGAACCAGCCCUGGCAGUGGGGAAACAGAUUGACACCUUAUACCUCGAUAAUACCAACUGCAACCCAGCUCUGGUUUUGCCGUCCCGGCAAGAAGCUGCUCACCAGAUUGUUGAGCUCAUUCGAAAGCACCCUCAACAUACUGUGAAGAUUGGACUCUACAGCUUGGGGAAGGAGGUUCUGCUGGAGCGCCUGGCCUUCGAGUUCCAGACCUGGGUGGUGCUGAGUCCCCAGCGCCUAGAGUUGGUCCAGCUGCUGGGCCUGGCAGAUGUGUUCACGGUGGAGGAGGAGGCCGGCCGUAUCCAUGCUGUGGACCACAUGGAGAUCUGCCACUCGGCCAUGCUUUGCUGGAACCACAUCCACCCGACCAUCGCCAUCCUGCCCACCAGCCGGAGGGUCCACAGGUCACACCCUGACAUCCACGUCAUCCCGUACUCCGACCAUUCCUCCUACUCAGAGCUGCGCACCUUUGUGGCGGCGCUGAGACCCUGCCGGGUGGUGCCCAUCGUGCAGCGGCAACCCUACCAGGACUGCUUUCAGGACAGCCUAAGCCCUGAGCCCCUAGCGCCCCCGGUCCCCCGCGCUCUGCAGCCACUCAGGAGGUCCUCACAGAAAGCAGACUUUCUCUGGUUCUGGUUAGAAAAGAGACUGAAGAGACCAAGGACUCUAGGAGUCAUGUUUGAGCCCCUCGAAACUGCCGAGCAGUCUCGAGCUAGCAGCACCCCAGAGAAGGUCAAGGCUGCACACGAGGCUGUCCCUGAGCACCUGGAGAAGCAGCUUUGCCUCCGUCCCGUGCAAAUCCAGAAGCUGGUGUUCCCCAGCUGCUGUGGCAGACAGUGGGAUGGGGCAUCCCCUUUUUCCAAGUCCCAGAAAAGAGGUCCUGUACAGACUUCCCCCCAGAAAAGAGGUCUGAUACAAAUUUCCCCCCUGGUAUGGGGUGUUUCAGAACACUUAAGGUCUGCAGUCUCUCUGGAGACCAAAGAGGACAUUGUUGAACCCCACUUGGUACUCAAGGGACACACAGAUGCACCCAAAGCCACAGGGAGCCAGAGUGCUUUCCUGGGGCUGAACUCUCACCUGCUUCAUGACAAGGGGAACAGUAUUCUGACUCCUGGGUCCCAAGACCUGGCAUUAAAAUAUCUCCUGAUUCCAGUGAGUGAGUUCCAGGCAAGGUUCUCUUCCAGGCAGUUUGACCAGCAAGUACAAAAGUACCAUAAACAUUUGCCAAAGGACAGGUAGUAGAGGACAGAAUGGACACCUUUUUGGCCCAACACUGCACUUUGGGAAAGAGUUGCUAAUGGCUGAUCGAUGGUUUUGUUGGGAGCCUUACAUUUCUGUCUUCACAAGAUUUUCAUGGGCUGGCCCCAACCCUUAAUAUGACAACUUAGUGCGAUGGAAUCCUCAGUGUCUUACUAUGUUUAGGAGACACUUUUUGGUAUAGCCUCUGCCCAGCAUUCUCAGGCACAGUAAAGGUGUGCCCUGCCUGGCCCCAGGAUGAUAUUCGGCAGCAAGGCUUUUGCCUGUGGGUGCCCUGGGCUCCAUCCCUAACAUGGACAGAAAGGGGUAGAGGGCUGGGUCUGGGGUGUGGAUCUGAUACUGGCUGGAGAUUUGGCCCUAGUGGUAUAUCAAUACCAUGCAGGAGGCUGGGGAGAUCAUGCAGGGGGUGAAUCCACCCAUGCUCUGCGUGCUGGAGUGCCAGUUACAGUCCCUUGAGUACCAGAGGGUGUACCCCAUAGUAAACAAGCAUUCUUGGCCGGAGCAUUGCCUUAGGCUCAGUCUUCAGCACUGUGUGGCCCCUAGUACCACCCCCCAGAAAUGGUUUCAAUAAACUUGAAAUAACAAUCUGUUAGCUGUUUAACCCUAUAUAUCAUCAACUUUUGAAUGUACAAUUUGUGUGUGUGUGGUGUUUAAUUAUUUUUCUCUCAUA